AUGAGUAGUCUCAUACGCCGUCUUUGUCCACAUGAUCUGGCUUUUCCCACCUUGGGCAAUUGUAAAAAUCAGAGUAGAGAGGCGAGAUCCUCGAGAGCACCUAUGGGGGCGAAAUGGAGAAGUUCAACUUGGUAUAUAACCACUGUCGUUGCGGUGGGUAUCACAACUGAUCUACUUGCUUACACUAUUGUCGUUCCUAUCGUACCCUACCGAUUACAAGAAUUACAUUACAACAAUGUUUCCACACUCACUUCUUGGUUAUUGUUCGCAUAUUCCUUCGGUAUCUUUCUGGCAAGUUUACCUGUAGCUUAUUUCUUCCAUAUAUAUCCUUAUCGUCGAAUACCUCUUAUUGUCGCUGUUCUUGUACUUGAAGGCUCUUUUGUGUUGUUCAUACUAGUCAAACCUUUUUGGGUUAUGGUGAUUUCUCGUUUUCUACAAGGAGUCUCUAGUGCCGUUGUUUGGCUCGGUACUAUCGAGAAUGUUCCCAAGAAACAUAUUGGAAGACAACUCGGAUUCGCGGUUUCAGGAGUCAGUGUGGGAUCCACUAUCGCUCCUCCGAUUGGCGGAGCGCUAUAUUCCAGUCUUGGCUGGAAGGCACCAUUCGUUUUUUGUAUCAUCAUCUCUGGAGCGGAUUUGAUCGCUAGAUUAUUAGUCGUCGAACAAAAAGAUCUAAGGAGAGAUGAACCGAGAACGAUUACAAAUCAAAAACCUUUCAUACCUUCAGAAGUCGAAGGUGACGAAAUCCUCUUAAAUCCUUGGCAGGUCGUUAAAGCUCUGACCGUCAAUCCAAGAGGAACCACAAGUUUUCUUGCGACUUUUGCUUUCGGUCUCGUGGUUGGUGCUCUGGAUCCUACGCUCACUCUUCGAGUGGAAUCCGUAUGGGGUAAAUCAUCCGCGUUUGUAGGACUCAUCUAUCUCGCUGCUGCUGCUCCUACUUUCGCCGCUGGUCCCAUAAUAGGACAUGUAGCAGAUAAAUACGGGUCCGAAUGGUUUGUGGCUCCAUCCAUGUUAUUAACACUACCGUGGUUCCCACUUUUGAUCCUCAACAAUAGUUUGGCGGGAUUUAUCAUCUUCUUCGCUCUUGGUAACCUUUUCCUGAACUGCGCACUCGGUCCUGUGAGUCUUGAAUUAUCUCUCGUGGCAAAAGAUAUGCCCGGUAUAGGAGAGAUACAUCAGUUUGCAGGGAUGAACAUAGCAUUUGCCAUUUCAACAUCCGUCGGUGCUGUUGUCGGUGGACAAUUGUAUGAUCACGCAUCGAACGGUUGGGUAGCUGUGUCUUGGUUUUGUUUCGGGGUUUGUGUGUCAGGUAUACCUUCCAUGGUGCUGUAUGUUGGGAAUCGGCCACUGUGGAUUAGGAUGAGGGGUAAAAGAACGGAGGAGGGGGUCGUCUUACAAUCACCUGUCGCUUGA